AUGGUUAAUAUUUGUAGCUCAUCCUUUGUUGUCUUUCCAAAAUCUGUUUCUACAGAUACAAACUUUGUGCUGGGAAACGCUCAGAUUGUGGACUGGCCCAUUGUCUACAGUAAUGAUGGAUUCUGCAAACUUUCAGGAUACCACCGUGCGGAGGUCAUGCAGAAGAGCAGCACCUGCAGUUUUAUGUAUGGUGAGCUCAUAGACAGAGAAACAAUGGAGAAGGUGCGACUGACAUUUGAGAACUACGAGAUGAACUCAUUUGAGAUCCUAAUGUACAAAAAGAAUAGAACACCACUGUGGUUUUUUGUGAAAAUUGCUCCCAUACGGAAUGAACAGGAGAAGGUCGUACUUUUCCUUUGCACAUUUAAUGACAUCACAGCCUUUGACCAACCAAUUAAAGAUGAAUCCUGUAAAGGUUGGGGUAAAUUUGCACGUCUUACCAGAGCUCUGACCAGCAGUCGAGGUGUCCUGCAGCAGCUCCAGCCCACUGUCCACAAAGGAGAAAAUGUCCAUAAACAUUCCCGUCUGACUGAGGUACAAAUCUUACUCAGGUUUGUCAGGUCCAGUUACCCUGUGUGGCAGGUACAUGUGCAGUAGCUGACUGU